AUGUCAGAUAAUAAGAAACCACCAACUACUGCUGCUGAAAAGGUUGUAGAAAAGACACCUGUCAUUCGUUCAAAGGAUGAUGUAAAGUUUAUCGAAAGAACUGAACAAUGUGUCGAAAAUGUAUUAAAGAAGACUACUAUCGGUGCUUUGGCUCCUUUGGGUUUAUUAUUAGUUACCAGCAAGCUUAAAUUUAUUGGAACAUGUAUGAUUUUUGGUGCUGGUGUUGGUUUGGGUUUAUCAGUCAAGGAUUGCAACAAUACUACAACUGGAUCAUGUCAUACCAAAUCAUUUAUCCCUUCAACCUCUUCUUCUUCAUCAUCAUCAUCAACUUCAGAUUGUAAGACUGGUACUUGUCCAGUACCAAAGAGAACAACAACUACUGCUGCUCCAGCUGCUGUUGCCGCUCCAUCCACUUCAUCUCCUUCCAUUGCCGUCGUUCCACCAUCUGUUUUAAAGACUGACGCCGAUGAGAUUGCAAAGUCACUUUAA